AGAGAGAGAGAGAGAGGGAGAGAGCGCGCGCCAGAGAGAGACAGACCGUUUGUCCUUCUUCCAGUCAGCUGUGUGACCGGCUGACGGUCGGAGAGGACGAAGAAACUUGAGACGAUCGCACCGAGACUCGACAUCCAAAAAGGGCGCUCAACCCUCUGCGGGAAACCGAAUGAGACGCUUCGCGAGAGGAGUGGGGGAAAAAGAGAGCAUAGAGAGAGCGGCUCGGAGAGAUAGAGGAAGAUAUUAGGCGGCGUGGAAGAAAGAAAAAAAGAGAAGGAGUGACUGACACCUGCCCUCCAGCUCAGUGUGAAGGGCACAGGAUGGGGGAGUGAGAGCAGGGGGAAGAGAAGAGGGAAAAACAGAGGAGAGAAUGACGAUACCUGGAAAACAAAGCCUGCCUCACAGCAAACCUUGCUUAAAUUAGGACAUCUCGCCGCCAGACAAGAUGAUUACAAGAAAUCUGCUCCUGUUGCUUUCCCUGUGCCUGUGGGAGGGGCUUGAAGGGGGUGCUUCGGCCAGUAAGGUUGUACGGAGGAGAGGAGUGGGUGGAUCGCACGUGGUGAAGCCCGGGGAGAGCAGAGCCGGCGACCAGCGGGAUGCGAGCGUGGACGCAGACGGGAUGCCUGUGGUGACUUUUAGAAACCUGAUAAAUCACGAGCAGGCGGGUGACACUGGAUCUUUUUCUCAUUCUAAAUUAUUGCAGAGUCAUGCUGCUCCAUCUGUCGCUUACAAGGAGAGGAAAGCUCUGAAGCCCAAGCGUGAAGUUGACUCCGUUUUUAAAAAAGAAGUGACUCCGCGCACACUGUCCAAUGACAAGGAGUUCAUCCAGGAGGGGAGGAAAGUUAAGAAUAACACCAAGAACGCUGAGACUACCAGAACAGGGAGGUCAGAGAAAACAUUCGCAAUCCGUCACAAAACAGAUCCACACUCCAACAGAACCAGGUUCAAAUCGGGCUCCAGAUCCAGGGCGAGACCUGAUUUGAGCGUCUACACCACAGGUGUGCCGGGGAAAGGGUUCAGCAUAGAUUCGAACCGAAAGCUCAACCUCACAGGCAGUUACGGGGUUCUGAAGCUGCUGUCAAAAGAGAACCUCGUCAGAAUCGUCAAUUCCCAAAUGCAGAGCGUUCCCAGCUUGAGCUUUCCGAGCAAGGGCAGCCGGAGCAGGAAGAGGGAUUUGAUUGACGUUAAUCACAGACAGUUAGAGACUCAGAAAGUGGCGAGACAAGAUAUGGUUGUCACUCAGUCUCGCGCUGGAUUUGAUAAUCAAACUGCAUUUCCGUAUGUAAGCCCAGUCACCACUCCAGAUCUCAAUCAAGACCAGGGUCCUGACAUUCGUAUUAAUCCGUUAAGUGAAGUCAAGCCAGCUUUAAAUAAAGAGCAGGGCAACUUGGGAGCGCAGGAUUCAGAUAACGGCGAUAGCGAGAGCAAACACCUCGUGCGCGCGCUGUCGACGCCGCACAGCGAGCUCGGCCUUGGCCCCGAGAAGGAAGUAACGAUCAGCCAAACACAGACGCCGUUUACAUCGACAAAACAUCUCCCGCUGUACGCUCCCCCUGAAACAAAUAAUUCCCCUCCGUCUGUGCUGACAAUGCAGCGCUCGGGAUUAAGGCUGGGGAACAGAGCGGCAGAUUCCCAAAGAGACCCAUUAGCAGAGUCGGUUCACACCGCUCAAACAGAACCCAGCACGGCUCAGUACCCUGCCGAUGAAGACAACACACUUGUCAACAGCAGUCACGUCCUGAGGCUCCACCCGGCUCCCGAAUGGAGCUACGCUGCGAAGAAUGCCGGGACGCAAGCUGUCGAUCCCAAAAACGGGCAGGGCCUCGUGUUUGAAGAGGCAGAGUUGGAGGUGGAAGAGGAGGCGCCAGACCACACGGAGGGGAAGGGGCCGCGCUCUCGCAGCAGGAGGAGCUGGAUCUGGAACCAGUUCUUUGUGAUUGAAGAAUAUGCCGGGCCUGAACCUGUGCUCAUCGGACGGCUCCACACAGACAUGGACAGGAAUGAUGGACGCACAAAGUAUGUCCUGCGAGGCGAGGGGGCGGGCUCGGUCUUUGUGAUAGACGAGAAGACAGGGAACAUCCACGUCACAAAGCCACUGGACCGCGAGGAGAAGGACGAGUACCGUCUCAUUGCCACGGCCACUGACAGGCAGACCGACCGCGCCCUGGAGCCGUCAUCGCAGUUUAUAAUUCGGGUGCAGGACAUCAAUGACAAUCCUCCUAUCUUUGACGAAGGCCCCUACAGCGCCACCGUGCCUGAGAUGGCAAAUAUAGGCACGUCUAUCAUCCAGGUGACAGCGACAGAUGCCGAUGACCCGACUUAUGGGAACAGCGCCAAGCUAGUGUACACACUGGUACAGGGACAACAGUACUUCUCUGUUGAUCCCCAGACAGGUAUUCUGCGUACAGCCGUGCCCGACAUGGACAGGGAGACCCAGGACCAGUUCCUGGUGGUUCUUCAGGCCAAGGACAUGGGGGGCCACCUGGGCGGACUAUCCGGGACCACCACUGUCACUGUCCGACUCACCGAUGUCAACGACAACCCUCCGCGCUUCACCCAGAGUAUGUGGUCCUUUUCCGUCUCUGAGCUCGCCAUCCCGGGCGCUGAGAUAGGCCGUAUUUCAGCCACCGACGCCGACCUUGGCGAGAAUGCCAAGCUGGAGUAUACCAUCCUGGAGGGGGAGACCGGCGACACGUUCAACAUCACCGGGAUGAACCAAGAGGCCCUCAUCAUGCUCAACAGGGCUGUAGACUAUGAGAGCCGAAGCUCCUACUCUUUCUCUGUGGAGGUCCUCAACCCCGUCGUGGACCCUCGCUUCCUGCGCCGAGGCCCCUUCAAGGACCGGGCCUCCAUCAGAGUCGCAGUCCUGGAUGCGGACGAGCCGCCGAGGUUCUCCCGGGCGCGAUAUCACCUGGAUGUGUCUGAGAACUGCCCGCCAGCCUGCACUGUGGGCCGGGUCAGUGCUGUAGACCCUGAUACGGGUCUGACCAAUAAUAUCAGGUUCUCCAUUGAUCCUCAGUCAGACCCAGAGGCUCUGUUUCGCAUCACCCCAGACACUGGCCUCAUCACCACCGCCACAGAGUUGGACCGAGAACGCGAGCACUGGCACAACAUCACCGUCAUUGCAACCCAGAGAGACAAUCCCAGCCAGGUUUCCAGAGUUCUGGUUGCAGUGGAGACAUUGGACCUGAAUGACAAUGCACCCGAGCUAGACAGGCAAUACACGACCGCCAUGUGCGACUCAACCUCCAUCGGGCAGGUGGUGCAGGUGUUGCGGGCGAUUGAUAGAGAUGAGGGAGGGAAUGACAGCACUGUGUAUUUCAGCAUCCCUCCGGAAUCCAGUGCUGCUCUCAACUUCAGCGUCAGGGACAGUGGUGGCACCACGGCCAGCCUGGUGCUCCUCUCGCAGCUCCAGCCACUGUCCCGCUCCUCCUCCUCCACCCGGACGCUCUACGUGCCCCUGGUCCUGAGGGACGGGACGUCGGGUCUCACCAGCACCGGUACGGUCACCGUGUCCGUCUGCCCCUGCCUGAGAGGAGGGGCGCGGGCCGGGGAGAAGGAGAAGAACAAACAGACGGAUGGCGAGUGGGACUGGGAGAGGGAGGCGGUGUGUCUCCCUCAGCAGUCCACGCUGCCUUCCCCUGGGCUCAGUACCGCCGCCCUGCUGGCUAUCCUGGCUUGUGUCGCUACACUACUAGCGGUGAGUGCCCUGUCAUUGUCACUGCGCCGUCAGAAGCGCGACUCCCUGUCACCGCUGGAGGAGGACGACGUACGCGAGAACAUCAUAACAUACGACGACGAGGGCGGGGGCGAGGCCGACACGGCCGCCUUCGACAUCGCCGCGCUCCAGAGUGCACCGCACAGCUCGCGCUCGCGCGGCUAUCGCACUCUGGACAGCAGGAAUGUACGUUACUCACAUCGUAACCAAGACAAAGCUCGCACCUACAGCUGGGCUCAGAAUCCGGGUGUGGAUCACAACUACUCGGGCCCAGCAGGACCCCUCUAUGGCCGCCUGUGUUACAGCAGCCACACUUUGCCCGUUCUCCGGCGCGCGCCGGGCGUGACAUUUGACCCGGGCCUGGCCGAGCUGGGAUACCGCUAUCCCGGAGGCCAGCCAGACCACUCCCUGGUCAUCCAGAACCAGGGGGCCAUGGUCGGGGCGAUGGAGUCAGGAGCUGUUUACAUAGCCCCCGCAGACCUGGGCGCAGGAAGCCAAAUGGGGAGUUGCACAGGAAGCCGCGACGGGACCGCACCGCAGAGUGCAUCGGACGGAGGAACACCAAGGACCAGUGACAGCCACGAGAGAGGGGGGAGAACUGUCAGCAACUGCACAGAGGGGAGCAAUGAGGACAAAGUGAACCAUGGUCAAGAUGUGGACUGGGUGCAGUCGGAGACACUACCCAGGGAGCAUAAUCUCGUCGUGACCCGAUCCGGCUCCGUGAUUGGCCAGGGUCAGGGCAGGGCAGGCGGCUGGGUGAGCGACUCGGCCACACUCCCCCUGGCGGGACGCAGGGCUUCCCGCUCCGGCUUGUCCCCAAACCGCACGAGCUGUGGCCAGGCUGAGUCUGACUCCAGCGGAGGAGGAGGAGGUGGAGGAGGGGGAAAUGGAAGUGGGGACACCUCCACAGAUGGACAACAUCAACCUGCCAGUGGACGCAACUAUGCCACCGUGCUGCAGGGGGAGGCGUCUGGACAGAGGGACUACCCUGGCAGCUUGGGGAGAGGAGGACUGGAGAUGGGGAGCAACUUUGUGGUGGCAAGGCCAGACAGGGAGGGCAGAGGGAUAUCACUGACCGGGACAUCUGUCUACACAGAAGCACCGGGCUUUAUUGGGGACUGGCGUGAUCGGGUUGGUCUGGGUGGGUAUGUUUUGGGCAGGAGGGAUAUGACCCCACAGAUGUUGCCCUUCCCAGGGCAGCCUCGAGGAGCGUAUGGUGGAGUGAUGGGCUUUGGGGCUGGCUGGGUUCCCGGGCUGGAGGCGGCGAGAGGGGCACCAGGGCCUGGGGGUCCCUCCUUGGCACUGAGGGUGGGUGAGUUCCUGCGUCUGCGUCUCGCCCAGGUCACCUUUGACCCUUCACAGCCACCAUAUGACUCGGUGCAGGUGUACGGCCUGGAGGGCACAGGGUCCCGGGCAGGAUCCCUCAGCUCGCUGGAGAGCGAAGGAGAGAAGGAUGCAGAGAAGGAGGAUUGGGGAGCAGGGCUGGAUGAGUGGGGUCCCCGGUUCCAGAAAUUAGCUCAACUCUUCAAAGACAGGGAGAAAGAGAAGGAAGAAAAAGAUGAAGAGGGCGUCAAAAAGGAGAAUGAAAUGAAAGAGGAGCGAGAGAAGAAAGUGAGAGGAGAGCAGGAUGGAGAAGAAGGGAAAGACUGAGGAGGGAUAAAAAUGAAACAAAUAGGGCAAAGGGGGUAAGGGGGGGGGGAUGAUGAAAAAGCAGCCGGAGCUAGAAUAAUGUGAAGAGAAGUUAAAGGGGAGAAAGAUGAAGAGGCAAAGUAAUAAAAAGAGACGGAGAAAAAUGAGCCCAGGGAGGAUCGAGAGUGCGAGUGCAGGGGAGGGAGUGAUUGAUGUAAUUUAAAGCAAUAAGUGUUGAAACGCUGAUAUGGUUGAGCACAGAUACUGAGACAAUGCAGAGGCUGCUUCUGCUCGGGGCCACAACAAUUUGUUAAACGCUUUGGACAAAGAAAAACAACCCAAACAUCCAAGACUCGAUUUAAUUCAACUCUCACGUGUGGAAUGAGAAACAGCAGGAAGCAAGGAGAGGGUAGUGUGUGUGCGCGUGUGUGUGUGCGUGUGUGUGCGUGUGUGUGUGUGCGUGUGUGUGUUUGUGUGUGUGUGUCUGUGUGCGUGCAUGCGUGCGUGUGUGACAUUGACAGGGAAAGAGUGCCAGGGAGUAACCAUCAUAUCCAGAGACUAUUUAACCAUGAGACUGAUGACAACCAAGCUGUGACAUUAGUUUUCGGGACAAUGUGCAAGAGUAAACAUUUAACAAGGGAGUUUGGGAACUAGGAUAACGCCCAGGGGAUAGAAUACAUAUUUGAAUAUGAGACGGGCGGGAGACGGGUGUAUAGAGACGGAGGAGGACCGGGUAAGUGAGAGGAUUGUACAGAAAACCAGUUACUUUUUAUUCCAUCUGCAGUGGCGGAAAAUUUAAUUAUUCAGCUCACUAUUUAAUUCCAAAUGAAAAUGAUGAAUCAUUUAAACUCCUGCAAAAGAUUCCCCCUCCUCUCCAGCCCACAAGGAAAACAGACAUUGUGAAAAAUUUAAGUGAGUUAAGGAUGUGAUCCCCCCCCCACACACACACACACACACACACACACACACACACACACACCCACACACACCCCAGCUUUUUGUAGUUGACUGUAGGUAUGUUUACAAAAAGUCAUACAAACACUGACACAAAAAGAAUUGAUGAGCAUCAGGCUUUGAUUGUACUACAGUAAAUUGUUAAAGCAAAAUCAUCCACAAGUAUAUGGAGUCAUGAUAACUCCAUUAUUAAAUGUUUUUUAUACGGAAGGAGUAACCCCACCCCCCACCUCGUAUUAAUCUCAUUCGACACACCAUGAGGUCAAAGUAUGCAUGAUUCUUGAAAUCACCCAAAGAAAUCUAAAACAACAGCAAUCGGGCCUCCCUUUUGAACACUCAUCCUUCCCAAAUUAAAAAUAAUUGCCACCCAUUUGUGAUGAAAUUACAGGGGGACGUCGCCACAGUUGACAUCCCAUGAUGAGCCCUUUGUUCUCGUUAAAGGUCGGGAUGCAAAUGAGCCGGAGUCUUCAGUUGGAAUGCACUUUUUUAUACCGUGUGAUGUUCAGUCAUAGAUCACGAACAACGUCAGCGAUUACAGAUGUUUUAUAAGAUGUCGAUGAAAAAAAAGAUAUACGUUCGACUGUGUGUAAAAGCAUUUCAACUGUAAAUACCACUGAAUAUUAUUGCUGAAAGAGAAUAUAUAAAAUAAUAAUAAAAUAAAAAAAGCGAACAAAAGCAAAACAUACAUGUCCAAAAGGAGAACUGUUGGAACUAUCUGCGGGCGCGGUAGAUUAGACGUGGACUGAUGGAGUUGGACUUCACGGCCUCCUGGACUGAAAACAAGCGCCUGCUUUACAACAUCUGUGUCAGUGAACAGGUUCAGGUUUCUUUGUGGUUGCUCUCUUCUGCGAUGGACAAGUCGAAGAUUCAAUUAUACAUUUGGCCUCUGGCAAAAGUUUGUUGUGCAAAGCGUUAGUUACAGGAAAGCCUGUGAGCUCGCUAAUGCCAGCGAGGAACCGAUUUGAUGAAAAUCCAGUGGACUGAGGAGAAAUUCCCCUACAAGGUAUACAACAAACAAAACAAAAAACAAAAUCUGUAUUUCCCCUAAAAUCCAGAUUGUUAUUAUUAAGUAGAAUGAGAAUUUCGAAAUGAGUUGCGAGGAGUCUGCCUUCAUUAGUGCUGCAUUGCCUGAGAGAUAUGGAACAAAGUUUUUAUAGCUAGUAGAAAAUACAAUAAUCUGUGUAUUUAGUAUGGAAAAGUGACCGUCAAAUGUAAUAUUUCAUACAUUUUCAGGCAGUGCAACGCAAAGGCAAUGUUAAUGUCGACUCCUGGACACGCUGUAUCUAAAGUAUGUUGAGGAAUCAUAAGCAAACAUUCCAAACCGAGUCAAGAUAUUUGAAGUCCAGAGAGGAGUUUCACCACAGAGCCAAACCUGAGCGUGGACGUCUUUGGUGUGCCAUCGCAGAAAUGUCACUGUUUAUCACUGGUUCACUGUAACGUCACACACACAAGCUUGUGUCCGCCAGUUUGAUCCACCCUAAUCUUUUUGCCGAGGUCUGCUUCCGUCAAACACUCGGAGGACCGAUCGUGAGGUCGGGUCGGGCCACACUCUGGGCCAAAUGAAAACCCACGCGCACCUCUGUUCCCUUUACAGUACCCGAGUCACAGACUUAUAUAUAAAAAUACAUAUACAGUGCCAUUGUGCAGACCCGGUGCGUUCAGGACCAAUGUACAAAUACUGCACAAUAACUGGACAAGAGUGGGGGGGUGCAGAACCUUUGGGGACGAGCGGAGUCAUCAUUUUUUUGGGGGUUGGUCAACAGUAACUCAACUCCUGAAAGCCACUGAAGCCUUCCGUCGUCUUCUUAAGAGUAAUCCAAAGGGACAAAGACACCUCCUGGAAAUGUACUCUGUGCCAACCUUGAAGGACAAUUCUCGUUUAUUAAAAAUGUUUUAUAGUUUUAGCUGUUAUUUGUACCAGUAGUAGUAAGACUGUUCUCAGCAAGCUACUGCCUAAUGGAGAGAGAUCUGGGAUGGCAUGAGCAACAUCAGAAACACACGCCUAUAGAUUCUAAACAAACCUGCAGGUCAGUCGGACUUAUAAGGGAGAAAAACAUAGAUGGACUUUUAUUAGAAAUAGUGUCCAUUAUAGGAAAAUCAUUUCACAGUUAACAGACCAACUGUCUUGUUGGAAAACCAAGACAGCUUGCAAUCACAUUUAUGAUCUAGACAACAAAGUAGCAUAUAUGUGUGUGUAAAUGAAAGCGUAUUACAUCUCAUCUGUACUUUAUCUGGAUAUGAAACAUUUGAAAUAUUAAGACGGAGCAUUAGUGUUUAUUAUCGUUCUUACUUAUUGGGUAUGACCUCUUCGGCUCUCUCUAAAGACACGAUGGUCAAAACUACAUAACUAAGACUCAAGUCGUGAUUGCCAGACUUAUUAGGCAUGAUCAGAAUGAGUCACAAAACAAAAUGACUGCCAAAGAACUUGGAACGGUUAGUUAUGAGAAUAAGUGUUGAAAUGAUGUGUUGCUUUGACAAAUCAUCAUGUCGUGUUUUCCCUGCAAUUUCUGUGAAAUUAGUGUCUCUGUCGCGCAAACACCCCCCCCCACCCCCCCCAAAAAAAAACAAAAAUCCUUAUUUUCAUAACAGGAUUACCAAUUUAUGGGCAGCCAUCGCAGAAGCGAUUACCAUGGCAUAUCAAUAAGUGACCCGUCUUGCCAUUCUGAUUAUGAGCUUUAUUCCACAGCCUUGAUUGGCUCCAGGUGUUUCAUCUCCUCUGAUUGGUCUAAAUUACAGUUCUGCUCCGGCUGAUUGGACGAAAUCGGAGGGAUGAUUGUGCCGAUUUGUCUCAUUUCGGAGUUCUGAAGUGCCGCGGCGACUAAACCACUCGACGGAGCUGAUUAUCCCUCCUCCUGCGCCCGGCAGAGUGGUUCAAUCAGAGGCCCCGAUUAGUUGAAAGAGUUGUUUUAAAUAGAAUCAAAUCUCUGCGGCGCUCCGCCACUCCUGUGUCACUCCCCUCGCUGUAUAGCUCAGACGCACCAACUCGCGGUGACAGAGGGAAGUGGUGCUGUCAGACGUUUCAAGAGAGAGUGCUCUGUCAAAAGAGACCUUUACGCUGAGGAGGACGAAGACGUCCCACAAGGAGGACGAUGAGAGUAGCACCUCAGCGUUUGAUACUUGGCUCAAGGCUUCAGGGUGAAGGUCGCGACCUCUCUCGACCUCCAACCGGUUGACCCCGUUAGGUUCUGCGCCCCCACCAGUGACUUCAUUGCUCCUGCACGAUGUCGAUACAAUUCCACAAUUGCGUGGCCGAACAAAAGUGUAUUUAUUUCUGUUGUACUUUUUCUUUUUGUAAAUUUGAAUAAAAAAGGAACUAUUUCAAAGAGA